AUGGCAUCGAAGCAACACACCAUCAAGCCGUCGACGCGGGCGCUCGCCAAUCUUGAAUCCGGGGCUUUUAUCGAUCUCGAAAACGAGGCGGGCAAACUUCCGCAGUACGACCCCGAGAUAUGUCCUGACGGUCUUAUCGACCUCUCCGGAGCCAUCAAUAGUCUCAUGAAUGAUGUUCUGAAGGAGGAAAUGACCAGCUUUGAAAAGUCAUAUAGUCUCAAUGAAGGCCUUUCGAAAGCCGUCUGUAGUUUCAUGAACCGUCACUUCCACGCGGCUCGAGCUCUACGUGCAGAUGAUAUCAUAGUGACCAACGGCGUCACUUCACUCAUCGACAUGAUGGCAUUUGCCAUGUGUAACCCAGGGGAGGGAAUAAUAGUCAUAACUCCGACUUACAUGAUGUUUCCUCAUGAUGUCUGUGCCAGGACAGGCGUCAGUCUCAUCAACGUCGAUCUCGACACCAUCGAAGACCAGUUCGAGGCCAAGGACUCUGCAAAAGUUAUGAAGGCUCUGGGCAAAGCAUACUCUGCUGCCCAGAAGAGCCGCGUCACUCCCAAGGCCCUCCUUUUAUGCAACCCAAGCAACCCGUGCGGACGGACAUAUCCACGCGCCACCCUCAUCGAAAUCGCCAAAUUUUGCGGCCAGCGAAAGAUGCACCUGCUAUCCGACGAGAUAUACGGCAUGUCUACUUUCACUUCUUCUGACCGGGUUGCUAGACCCUUCACAUCUGUGCUGAGCAUCCCGGAGGACCCCGCAAACGGGGUGUUUACUGAAAACAUCCACUGCAUGUACGGCGCGAGCAAGGACUUUGGCUGCGGCGGGCUCAGACUCGGAUUUCUCGUCACCCGUAACGAACUCCUCUGGCGUUCUGUAAGACGGUUGGUGCUGUUCACGUGGGUGACGAGCUUUUCAGCCGCUUUUUUCAUGCACUUUCUGCAGAAUGAAGAAGCUGUCGACCGGUAUCUGUCCGUCUAUCGCGAAAGGCUUGGGAAGCAGUAUGACUUCACUGCUAAACUCCUCAACAAGUACAGAAUUCCGUUCGGCGAGGCCGAUAGUGGGGUCUUCAUAUUUGUCAAGUUGACGAAAUGGCUCGACUAUUUCGCAGGCGACGACCGUAGUAGUCGAGAGAUGAAGCUUUGCCGGCACUUACUGCAUGAGGCUGGUGUCUUUCUUAGCCCCGGAGAAGUGAGUUGUCCUGUUGCGUGA